AGUUUUCAGGAUUCUCAUUACAACAGUGUCUCACGCUGUUGUUCAGGUGGUGCUUACGUGUUGUUUAUGGUCAAAUUGUCAAAAAUAGUGUUGAACUUGACCGUCUCAGAUCAAUCAUUAGCAACAUGUGACCAAUCAGUGGAGCAGGUUGCAGUUUGUGCCGUCAGUGGACUGUGAUGGAUGACGAGAGAGAGAAACCCCCUCUUUUAUAGACGUGUGAAGGGACUUUAUGGAGAAGCAAGGAUGAUGGAAGUGUGUGAGAAUGUGGGGGCGAGGUUGCCAUGGCAACCAGUGACAUGCAGUCCGAUAACAUCAAGUCCUUCUCAUCUUCAUGGUCACGGUCAUCAUCUUGCUCCUGGUUACACACCAGUCCAUUCCUGAAACCAAACCCCCGGCUCGGGGCUCCAUCCCCUGCCUGCCGCGGCUCCCCAUCCUGGGCAGCCUCCCCUGGCUGGGAGGAGGCCUCCCUCCACACCUGCUCUUCACACAGCUGGCUCACAGUCAGGUAUGGGCCUCUCUUUGCUCUCUACCUCGGUCCUCACUACACUGUGGUCGUGAACAACCAUCAACACGCCAGAGAGGUUCUGCUGCAGAGAGGGAAAGACUUUGCUGGACGGCCCAGCAUGGUGACCACCAACCUGUUGACCAGAGGAGGUAAAGACAUUGCAUUUUCAGACUACUCUCCUCUCUGGAAGUCACAUCGCCGCCUCGUCCACAACUCCUUCACUCUGUUUGGAGAAGGAACCAGCCGACUGCAGGACAUUGUUCUGUCCUCGGUGGACAGCCUGUGUGCUGAGCUAUUGUCCAGUGGGGGGCGUGGCCUCGACCCAUCUCCUGCGGUGACCAGAGCCGUCACCAACGUUGUGUGCACGCUGGUGUUCAGCGCCACCUAUCGCCGCGGUGAUGCUGAGCUGCAGGAGGUGAUCCGAUAUAACGAUGGCAUUGUGCAGACGAUCGCCAGGGGAGGACUGGUUGACAUCUACCCCUGGAUGAAGGUCUUUCCUAACGAAUCUCUCAGUAAGCUGAAGGAGUGUAUCACCGUCAGAGACCGACUGCUGACGCGUAAACUGGAGGAGCAUAAGGCAUCGCUCAGCGAAGGUGACCCCCGUGACCUUCUAGAUGCCCUGCUAAAGGGUCAGACGGGCAGUGGGCGGGGUCAGAGGUCGUCUGAGUCGGAGGAUGAAGGGAUCACAGACGACCAUGUCUUGAUGAUAGCGGCUGAGGCUUUUGGAGCCGGAGUGGAGACAACGUCCACCACGCUGCUGUGGAUCCUGGCCUACCUGCUGCACCAUCCAGAGGUCCAGGAGCGUGUGCAGAAGGAGCUGGACGAGCAUGUGGGCGGCGAGCGAGCGGUGUGCAUGUCGGACCGCGGCCAGCUGCCGUACCUGGACUGUGUCAUCAAUGAGGGCAUGAGGAUCCGACCAGUCAGCCCAGUCCUGAUCCCACACACCGCCAUGACCGACAGCAGUAUUGGAGGUCACUCUGUCAGUCGUGGGACUCGUGUUUUGGUCAACAUGUGGUCGAUUCAUCACGACCCGCAACACUGGGACAAACCUGACCUGUUCAGCCCAGAUCGUUUCCUUGACGACCAGGGCCAGCGGGUAACACCCUCCUGCUUCCUACCGUUUGGGGCGGGGCCUCGGGUCUGCAUCGGCGAAUCAUUGGCCAGGCUGGAGCUGUUCCUCUUCUUGUCCUCUCUGCUCCAGCGAAUGAGCUUCAGGCUGCCGGACGGGGCUUCCCCGCCCAACCUGCAGGGGCGGCUGGGCGUGGUCUUGCAGCCGUUACCUUAUAAGGUCGUCGUCUCUCCGAGGUCGGGGUGGCAGGGCGGGGCGAAAUAAGAGAAGGGAGAGAGGUUGAUAGCUGACCUAAAGGCUACGAAAGAAAACAAUAAUUAUAAAAUGAAUAUAACUGAAAUAAAUCCUAUUUUCACCUCGUUCCCUGGUGAAAGUUUUAUAACGUUGUAACACGCGAGUGUUAGCUGGCUGCUCCAUAUAGCAGCGUUUUCCAAAAACAAAUGACUUGAACAGACACUAGUUCUUUACAGUUCCAUAAAAAUAAAAAAAUGGUCAUAAAAAUACUGCAAACAGCAGCGGAAUCCAAACAUUACAUUACACGAAAGUACUACAAUCAAAUACUGUUACUUAGCAGACUUGGUUACUUUUAAAAGUGCUUAAUUUUUCCUUUAAGUGAAGUCAAAAUACAUCGCUAAGUUCAUCAAGAAUAGUUAGUCAAAGUUUGCUAGACUAAAAAGAUGGUUGGGAUAUGGCUAAUUUCUGUAGGCUAACGUAUAAUUAGCAUUAGCAGUUUCCAUAGCUUUUGAGGUUUUUUUCUCAAUUGAUGAAAGAAAACUCUGUUGAACACAUUAUUUUUAUAUUAGACAAUCCUUAUUAAUAAAAAAAACCCAUCAUGAAGCUUAAAUUCUUGCUAACAGUAACAAGCUAAUGCUAAUGCUAACUGAUUUUAAACACCUACAAUUAGCAUACAAUUGGACAUAAUCUGUGAGUUGGUAAUUCUACAAUGUUUCAAAGGUUUAAGGUGGUUUGUUUGUGAGUGUUUUAUGAAUAAAAGAUUAUCCACUUCAAGAUGUUUUUCUUUUCUCAUAAAUGGAUAUCUAGUUUUCUAAGACUACUAAGUGUAAUCCUGGUGAAGUGUAAUUGACAUUUUUACUAUUAGUUAUUAAUCAAUAAAUAAUGAUUAAUUUUCCGUACA